AUGUUUGACCGCGCCAAGCUGGUGGAAAUCUUGACCGCUCCGUACAUCGGGGACUCCGGCGACGGUAUCGUAGCUUUGGACCCGCACGCCCUCAAGAAGCUCUUCACCACCAACGGCAACCUGUUACAGGAGAUGGGGGUUGAGGGGGAGAGGAAGAGACUCGCGAUGGCGGGGGAGACAGGGGCAAUCGAGGAGGACUACCGACAGGGAUUGGCAUCGCACGCCACCAGACUGAACGAGGUACAAGAUUCUUUGGAAGGGGUGGAGCACAGGUUUCAAUGGACGGUCCACAAGGCCGUUCGCAUCGGCGACCGGCUGUCGAAGAUGGAGGGGCAGCGGGCGAGGGCGGCGGAGGCUAUGGAUCUCCUAGAGUUCUUGAAGGUAUUGGCCAAGCUGAAGAGCAUCACGCACGAGCUGGAGUCCAAGGAGCUCGACGAGGCGGCGAAAAAGUUGCAGGCCUACAGCGACUUCUUGGAGCAGGAGCUGCUGGACCUGUUCGAGCGCACCGCGGGAAGGUCUCCACCUGAGGUGGCUUUGAUGAGGGAGUGCUCCGACAUACUGUUUGCGCUCAACGAGGGAGAUCACCUGCAGAGCCGCUUCGUCUUCUUCGUCGUCACGCAGGCCGUGUCAAAGCAACCGCAGCCGUAG